AUCUUCAGAUUGCUGCCCUUGGCUAAAGCAGAACCAAAUCCAGUGAGAGCCCCUGGGUGUUCCCCCUCAUUUCGGGUGGUCCCCUUGCUCCUCAUGCCAGGGCACUGGAGAAAUAUGGAAGGGGCAAACCUGAGCCAAGAGAUUGCGUUCGAACUCUUGGGCCUCACCAGAGACCCCCAGCUCCAGAAGCUGCUCUUCACUGUGUUCCUGGGCACGCACACCAUCACUGUGCUGGGGAUCCUGAUCAUGUUCCUCCUGAUCCACGUGAGUGCUCUGCACACACCCAUGUACUCCCUCCUGAAGAGCCUCUCCUUCUUGGACUUCUACUACUCCUCCACGGUUGUCCCGUAGACCCUGGUGAACUUCUCAGCCAAGAGGAAGAUGAUCUCUUAUUUUGGCUGCAUGGCCCAGAUGUUCUUCUAUGAGAGUUUUGCCACCAGUGAGUGCUCUCUCAUUGCCACCUUGGCCUAUGACCGCUAUGCUGCCAUUUGUAACCUGCUCUUCCCACUCGCCAUGCCUCCUGAGAUCUGUGUCUCUUUGAUUGUGGGCUUCUAUGGUGCAGGGUUUCUCAUUUCUCUUAUCCAUACAAGCUGUAUCUUUAGUCUGAAAUUCUGUGGUGCUCACAUGGUCACUCACUUCUGUGCCGGACCACCUGUCUUGUCGUCUUAUGAGGACACCACACUGUGUGAGAUCCUGCUCUUCCUUUUUGCUGGUUUCAAUCUUUUGAGCUGCACUCUCACCAUCUUGGUCUCCUACCUCUUAAUCCUCAUUUCCAUCCUGAGAAUGAACUCAGUCCAUGGCAGGUUAAAGGCCUUUUCCACCCACGCUUCCCACCUCACUGCUGUUUGCCUCUUCUAUGGUACAACACUUGUUAUGUACCUGCACCCCAGGUCCAGCUACUCAUUGACCCAAGACCACACAGUUGCUGUGAUCUACACAGUGAUAAUCCCAAUGCUGAACCCCCUUAUUUAUUCCUUGAGAAACAAGAAUGUGAAGGAAGCUCUAAGAAAGGUUUGGGGCAGGAAAAUAAUGGAAUAA